GGUUUCGAUAAAAACCCGCGUAUUUCGCUGACAAAUCCGAGCUCAAACCCAAACAAAAUCGCCUUGAUCAGAUCGACGCGUCUUUCUCUCUCUAAACUUGAAGAGAGCCCCUGAAACCCGUCCCAUAUCAGAGCCAGCACCUAGGGUUUUGCAAACAAGGGGAUUCUUCUAAUUCGCCGGUCAGGUUCUUAUUUAUCGUUGAAAUCCCCUUAUUUGCUUACAGAUCCAGAGCUUGAGCACUGUUCGAGGUAGAAACUGUGUUCUAGGGUUUAUAACCUUUUCAUGUGUGGUUUCUGCUUACUGAUCUGAAGCUUGUGCAAACACAAAGUUUUUUGUUGGGAUUUGCAGGUAUUAAGAACACAAUCGAGUUUCGAAUUCCUCUACUGCUUCUUCUUAUGCUGUAUUUUUGCACUCACUGCUGUUAGACCUAGUUUUUCUGCUCUGGAAUGCAGUAGAAACUGUGUUCUGGGAUUUCUCACUGGAUCGAGGGUGGCUGUUUAGAGCCUUGAGCUCUUGAUCUGGCCUCUUGACUGCCAAAUAGAGCUUCUGGUACACAAUGGGGUCAAAAUUCAACCCCUCUGAAAGCAGGACUCGCAGCUCUAUUUCCAUAUUUAUUGUGGUGGGAUUGUGCUGUUUCUUCUACAUAUUGGGAGUAUGGCAGAAGAGUGGUUUUGGAAAGGGAGAUAGCAUAGCUAUGCAAAUUACAAGUCAAACAGAAUGUAAUGUCAUGCCGAACUUGAGCUUCGAGACUCAUCAUGGUGAUGCCGGAAUCACAAAGGACCUUUUUGAAUCCAAGCCUAAAGUUUUUGAGCCGUGUGACGCUCGCUAUAUUGACUAUACUCCUUGUCAAGAUCAGAGGCGGGCAAUGACAUUUCCUCGUGAAAAUAUGAUAUACAGAGAGAGGCAUUGCCCAACAGAUGAAGAAACGUUGGAUUGUCUCAUCCCUGCGCCCAAGGGUUAUGUGACUCCAUUUCAAUGGCCAAAGAGCCGAGAUUAUGUCCCUUAUGCAAAUGUGCCAUAUAAGAGUCUGACAGUGGAGAAGGCUGUGCAGAACUGGGUCCAAUAUGAGGGUAACGUGUUCAGGUUUCCUGGUGGUGGAACACAAUUUCCUCAAGGAGCUGAUACAUAUAUCAAUCAACUUGCUGCCGUAAUUCCUAUUGCCAAUGGCACUGUUAGAACUGCGCUGGAUACUGGAUGUGGGGUUGCUAGCUGGGGUGCUUAUCUCUUAAAAAGAAAUGUAAUUGCCAUGUCCUUUGCUCCAAGGGAUUCACAUGAAGCUCAGGUCCAGUUUGCUUUAGAACGAGGUGUGCCUGCAGUUAUUGGUGUUCUUGGGACCAUUAAGCUGCCAUAUCCAUCUCGAGCAUUUGAUAUGGCUCACUGUUCACGUUGUCUAAUCCCUUGGGGAGGCAACGAUGGAAUGUACUUGAUGGAAGUGGAUCGAGUUCUAAGACCUGGUGGAUACUGGGUGCUAUCAGGCCCUCCAAUCAAUUGGGAGACUCACUAUCAAGCAUGGCAAAGGACUAAGGAAGACCUCCAAGAGGAGCAAAGAAAAAUUGAAGAGAUUGCAGCUCUUUUGUGCUGGGAAAAGGUUUCUCAGAAUGGAGAUAUUGCUGUUUGGAGGAAGAGAGUAAACAGUGAAUCUUGCCCUGGAAGAGACGAGGCGCGAGUCUCUUUGUGUGAAUCUCCUAAACCAGAUGAUGUCUGGUACAAGAAAAUGGAGACAUGCAUAACCCCUUAUCCUGAGGUUAACAGUCCAGAUGAAGUAUCUGGAGGGGCAUUAGAGAAAUUUCCAGACAGAUUGAUGGCUGUUCCUCCUAGGAUUGCUAGUGGAUCAGUACCAGGGGUGACGGUGGAAUCAUAUAAGGAGGACAAUAAGUUGUGGAGGAAGCAUGUUAAUCUUUACAAGAAAAUAAACAAGUUAAUUGUAUCAGGCCGAUAUCGCAACAUCAUGGACAUGAAUGCAGGUCUUGGUGGUUUUGCCGCUGCUAUCGAAUCUCCUAAGUCAUGGGUGAUGAAUGUCGUGCCUACUAUUGCUGAGAAGAACACAUUGGGUGUCAUAUAUGAGCGAGGCUUGAUUGGCAUUUACCACGACUGGUGUGAAGCUUUCUCCACUUACCCAAGGACAUAUGACCUUAUUCAUGCGCAUGGUGUUUUCAGCUUGUAUAAUGACAAGUGCAAGAUGGAAGACAUUCUCUUGGAAAUGGACCGGAUCUUGAGGCCCGAAGGGGCAGUCAUAUUCCGUGAUGAUGUUGAUGUCCUAAACAAGGUGAAGAAGAUGGCUAGUGGAAUGAGAUGGAACACCAAAAUGGUGGAUCACGAAGAUGGCCCUUUGGUGCCUCAAAAGGUAUUGGUUGCAGUUAAACAAUAUUGGAUUACCAAUGGUACAGCUCAAGAACAAUAGACAGUUCUCUAGAUAUAGAGAGAGAGUUCUCUAGAGAGAAAUGGAGAGAGCAAAAGAGGGCUCGGAAAUAAGUUAUGUAGAGCGACAGAGAUAUAGACGAGUAGAAGGAAAGCAGACUGGUUGGGCUUACACGAUUACUGCUCACAGAAUUGUGGAGUAAAGGUGAACUAAGGACAAGAGUGUUAAUUUAAGCUGAGGCAGAGGCGAUGAGAAUGAUGCAAUGUUGGGUUUGUAUGAAUCAAUGUGGAGGUGGGGCUGGCUAUUCUUUUAUCUUGUAGAUUGUGUAGGAUUUGCUGUGUUUUGUUGACAUUUUAAGAGUUAAGAAACAAUGCUAAUCUUAUUUACUUACUUUUGGUGGUGUU